ACAGGGAAGGCAGAUAUUUCAACUGUCCAACCAUCACUUCCAGCCAUGGCUUCCUUCCAGGUGAUGCUGUUUCUCUUUGCUUUGCUGCAUCAAUCAUUGCCCACUGAAGGAAAGGAUCCAGCUUUCACUGCAUUGUUAACCAACCAACCGCAAAUUCAAAGAGAGAUUGUAAAUAAACACAAUGAUCUGAGGAGAUCAGUUAACCCCACUGCCAGCAACAUGCUAAAAAUGGAGUGGAGCAUAGCAGCAUCAGGAAAUUCUCAAAAGUGGGCUAACAAGUGUAUUUUAGAGCACAGUAAUUCGCAAGACCGAAAGAUCAAUACAAAAUGUGGUGAGAAUCUCUAUAUGUCAAGUGACCCUACUUCUUGGUCAGCCGUAAUUCAAAACUGGUACGAUGAAAGUGAGUUCUUUACUUAUGGUGUAGGAGCAAAACCCAAUGCAGCUGUUGGACAUUACACUCAGGUUGUUUGGUAUUCAUCUUACAAAGUUGGAUGUGGAAUUGCUUACUGUCCCAACCAAGACAUCCUAAAAUAUUUCUAUGUUUGCCAUUACUGUCCUGCGGGUAACAAUGCGUUGAAAAAGAGCACUCCUUACCAGCAAGGGGAAGCUUGUGCUAGCUGUCCCAAUAACUGUGACAGUGGACUAUGCACCAAUAGCUGUGAGUAUGAAGAUCUGCUUAGUAACUGUGAGUCCUUGAAGAACUCAGCAGGCUGUGGACAUGAGCUGCUCAAGGAAAAGUGCCAGGCUACUUGCCUGUGUGAAGGCAAAAUUCACUAACAUGUCCAGUGUGUGGCAUGAAGGACUACAUGAAAAGGGGAUGCAGCCUUUAGCUGAGACAUGCCAGGGAAACCUAUAGGAGAUUAGUGACAAGUCGGAUCCCAAAUGACAAAGCUUCUUCCCUUCCAAGAUUUAUACAGAAAUCUCUUUUAUACAGCCAUUAAAAAAAAGUGUCAUUUAGGAUGACAACUUUGGAUUAUGACCAA